AAUACUGAGUAGGUACUCAACGCAUUGGAAAAGCGUCAUAAAUGAGGUUUCUGACGUUGGGUAUAUUUGUGUGUUACGUCACUGGUGGUGGGCGGGGCUUCGCUGAAUAUUCAUCGAUGCGUGGGAGCUCCGGUGCUCAAGGGAGAAAGUUGAAGGAGGCUCGGCUCUACAGCAGCUGGAUGAGGAAGACCGUUCCAACAUUCAUGUGAAGUACCGCAACCGGAGUCCAAAGACCGAGCCACGUCCUCCGUGGACGCCGGUACCGCGGCCGGGUGUCCCGACAGCUGUUUGGAACGUUUUGUUUCAUGACUUCUUACCGGCACGUGCGCAGCUAUAGAAGGCGACAAUGAUGGAGUCCAUCUUAGACACUUUGACAGCGGAUAAACUCUACUCGUCCGGAGGCUCCAACCUGUUGGACCUGGAGGAACUCAGCGACGGAGAUUUCCUCACCAACGUGCCUUUCUCAGGUGACCAGAUGGAGGACUUCAGCAGUGAGUUAUUCAGCAGUUUCUUUGAGGACCACCUGUUAGAGCGCCCCCUGCUGGCCGACAGGCAUUCACUGCUACACAUGGACAUCGACAGCAGCCCAGACAUCCAAGCAGAGCACAGCUAUUCUUUGAGCGAAGACUCCGCCCCCCAGAGCCCCGCCCUGUCAGUCAAGAUGGACCAAGACUCUGAAUUCGAAUGGAGCUUCAGUCAAGAUCUAUCAGCCAUUUUAGUGAAACAGGAGGAGCCCGAUGUGGGUCAGAGGUCAGAGCCACAGCCUGUGGACGGCCCAGCUUUUGUCCUAAGCCCUGCUCCUCCACGAAGGGGAUCACCAUGGAGACACACAGUGCACAGUCCGGAUGACGUCAAGCCUGUGGCUAUUAAAGAUGAACCCAAAGAGAUGGGACAGUACCUCGGCCUGCCUAGCGACGACGCCCUCCAGCUUCCACCCACUCCGCCAAGCAGUAACCACGGCGACAGUGACGGUUCCCUGCCGCCCUCCUCCCCGCAGCCCCCUCUGCCACCGUCUUCCCCGCAGCCCCAACAGAGGCCAGGAGGUCGUGGCUCCUUGUCCUCGUCUACAGCCAUCUCGUCUUCACCUCUACUCACCGCACCACAUAAGCUGCAGGGUUCCGGCCCCCUCAUGCUGACAGAGGAAGAAAAGAGGACUCUGGUCGCUGAGGGAUAUCCUGUACCCAACAAACUUCCUCUCACCAAGAGUGAAGAAAAGGCGCUAAAGAGAGUCAGACGAAAGAUAAAAAAUAAGAUCUCAGCUCAGGAGAGUCGGAGGAAGAAGAAAGAGUAUGUGGAAUGUCUGGAGAAAAAGGUGGACAAUUACACGUCAGAAAAUGGCGACCUGUGGAGAAAAGUGGAAAACUUGGAGUCUGCCAACAGGACUCUCCUACAGCAGCUGCAGAAACUCCAGUCGCUAAUUUCAGGGAAAGUUGUCCCCCGCGCUUGUAAAAUAGCAUCAACUCAAACAGGGACAUGCCUUAUGAUGAUGGCCUUGUGUUUUGUCCUGGUGUUGGGGUCCUUCUCUCCUUGCCUCUCCUCCCUCUCUUUCGUCACUCAUACCGCUUCCCCUCCCUCUACCCACUCAGAGGACCUCUACACCACCAGUCAGGUCCGCUCCCGCAGCCUCCUCUUCUUCGAUGAAGGCUCUCCACUGGAGGACACAUCAGCGACCUUACUCGUGGAGAGGAUACAGUCCCAAAGUGGCUUCCAGACAAGCCGCUACACAGCUGACGCCCACAAAAACAAGACAAGAGGGCCCAAGUUGGAACACAGAGAAACGAAACCAAAAGAGGUUUCAGAAUUCUUCUAACGUCAUCCAACAUUCUGUCACAUCCCAAGAUCCCGACUGCAAUACCCACUCCCUCCAAUUCAUGGCACUCCCCCGUACACCAGGUUUACCUGCCCGUAUUUAUUAAGAGUAGCUCACAUUGCAACUUGGAAUGGAAGUCAAUGACAUCAUGGAUCUCAGUCAAGUAGGCAUGCUGGUGUCCUCCACAGGAAGUCAUUAGAGUGCCUUCCUCUUGCCUUUCUCCACUGGGCCUUAAAGGGGACAUAUUAUGCUCAUUUUGUAUUGAGUUGUGGACUCUACACACCAUAACCAGGACAGAAAGCUUUCUAGUUCUUCAGGAAUCUGCACCUAUUCAGAUUCAAUUCAGAUUUUGUGCUUCCAGCAAAAACAGUCUGUUUUAAUCUGUUUUUUAAUCAGUUUUAGUCCAGCUGCAUAGUAGCCCAUGUUCACAAAACAGUCCAGUCCGGUGUGAAAUGCCGUUGACGGAUUAAAAUGCAUUUCUUUUGCAUUUCUUGAAAAGCAUAAUCUGUCCCCUUUAAAAGGUUUAGAGAGCCAACCAAAGACCCCCCAAGUAUUAGACAAGUUCACUUUUUUUUUUUUUAAGAACAAUUAAUCUAUCUGUGGCUGUGAAAUCUUUCAUCAACCUGAAUUCAUUCAUAUUGACCCCCCCCCCCAAAAAAAAAAAAUUAUGUUGGAGAGAUCUAACUAGAGGUUGUGACAUACAUGUAUUUUUAUGAAUUUAAGUGUAUAUAUAAUAUAUUUGCAGCAUCAAAAUCAAGCAUAUUUAAAUUAUGCAACAAAAAAAUAAUAAAUAAAUGUACUGUUUUUAAGAUUACUUUAUAUUGUCUUGUUUUUCUAAAUAAUGAUGUAAAAGACACAAAAAUAUUAGUGCAAAUAUUAAUUGCAAGCAAAAAAAGGGCCUAAUUGCUUGUUUGUUUCAUGGCAUAAAACAUGUGUUGACGUUGGGAAUGUGUAAAGAUUAAGAUGGGGGUGUGUAGUUCAAGUCCUGUGGGGGCUUUGUGUGUACUUUACAGCAAUUCUGUUUUAUGUUUCACUGCAAAAUGACUUUUUGUCCCCUUUUAAAAAGAAAUAUUGAUGUAUUUGCUAAAUAUUCAAGAGGAAUUGACCCAGAUGUAAGUGCCAUGUCAAAUAUGCCCGUGUGGCAGUAACGUGUCUUGUAUUUAUUUGUAGAAAGAGUGUUUAUUACAUUCCUGGAUGUGAAAAACCACUACCAUCCCAAAAGACUACAAUCUGUCCCACUGCUUGUGUUUGGUUUGGUGUCAUCACAACAUGUCCUACAUCAGUGUCCAUACAGUGGAAAUAUGUUGCAAAGCCUUCAGGAAGAUGGCUGGAAGGGUUGGGUCACUUUUUCCAAACCUGGACAACAAUGAAGCUAAACUUGUGGACAUCUGGCUCACAAAUGCUUGAGAAAAUCAAAUCAAGGAAUUUCCACAGAUGAUUGUUGUUAUUGUUUGUUGUACAGCACCUUGCAUGUUCCUCCAUAUAUUCCUAUGUUAUCGUAGUGUAGUCAGUAGAGUAGAAACCAGCAAAAUAUUAAAAAUCUGC